UAAGAAAAAAACCUUCCAGGAGCCGCCGGCAGCUGCGCGGCGCUGAGCUGAGAUCGGGGGCGCGAGGUGCCCUGCAGCGCUGCGCCCCCAAACCCGCGGGGCGCCCCCACCAGGCUGCGCGGGGCGCCGGGGCAGGGACCCCCCCGGGCCGCCGGCAGGCGCCAGAAGUGGGAGCCGGGGCUCUGCCGGGCGGAGCGGGGAGCCGGCGGGUUUGGGGCGCAGGGUCCCCGCAGCGGGGAGCCGGACCAGGUCCUUUCUCCGAGGGAUCCCGCGGGACGCGCUGCUGGCCCUUGGGAUCCCCAGCUCCGGCGGGCACCGCGGGGAUCCCCGACGGGCCAUGGCCAGACCAGCCGCCCAGCUGGGCGCCACGGAGCGGCUCCCGACCCCUCUGCUCGCCUCCCCGCCGCUGGGGGUGCCCGGGGCCGGCAUGGUCAGCCUGAAGAGCCUCCUGCAGGGGCCCAUCAAGAGCCCGGAGCGCAGGCCCAAGGACCUGAGCACCUGCCUGGCCAAGGAGAAGGAGCGGAAGAUGGAGGAGGAGCUGGGGGGCGCUCGGGCGGGACAGUGCGCCUACCUGGGCUCCCUGCUGUGGGAGCGGACCCUGCCCUACAGUGAGAUCGAGUACGUGGACCUGGACGAGUUCCUGCUGGAGAACGGGCUCCCUCCCAGCCCGGUCCAGCCGCCCUUCUCCCCGGCCAGCCAGGCCACCCGCUCGCCCUCCAGUGGCAUCGCCGUGGACCUCAGCCGCCCGGCCUCCUGCACCUCCUCGGCCUGCUCCUCGCCCGCCGAGUGCCCGGGCAGCAGCGACGGGGACCAGUGCUGCGCCACAGCAGGUCCGGUGACCCCCGCCUCCCGGAACACGCCCAGCCCGGUGGACCCCGAGGCGGUGGAGGUGCUGAUGAACUUUGACCCGGACCCCGCGGACCUGGCGCUAUCCAGCAUCCCGGGUCACGAGACCUUUGACCCCCGGAAGCACCGGUUCUCGGACGAGGAGCUCAAACCGCAGCCGAUCAUGAAAAAGGCGCGGAAAAUCCAAGUGCCGGACGAGCAGAAGGAUGAGAAGUACUGGAACCGGCGCUACAAGAACAACGAGGCGGCCAAGCGGUCGCGGGACGCCCGGCGGCUCAAGGAGAACCAGAUCACGGUGCGGGCCGCCUUCCUGGAGAAGGAGAACGCUGUCCUGCGGCAGGAGGUGGCCAGCAUCCGCCAGGAGCUCUCCCGCUACCGCACCAUCCUCACCAAGUACGAGUCUCAGCACGGCGCCUUGUAGGACGCCGGCCGCCUGCACCGCCAUGCGCCCCGGCCCCCCUGCGGACGGGGGGGGCUGCUUCCCCGCAGCCAGGGGGCGCCCUCUUUCCCCCUUCCCCCGCUCCUGGGCUCCCCCCCUGCGGGGGCUCCAGCCGGCUCCAGCGGAUGGACCAGGAGCAAGGAGAGACACUGGCUCGGACCUGGACCCUGCUCCCCCUUCCCGGGCGGAAGUGGGGAGCCAGGCUGACUCUUUCCCGGGGAGCGGGCCGGAGUGUGUGGGGGGGUCUGAACUGGUGACGCAGCCCCCCCCCAGCCCUGCAGCAGGAUUAAGCGGGGGUUUGGGUGGGCGUGCGCACAUACGCCCCGCCCCACCGAAUGGAAGAGGUGGGUGGGAGGCACAGAGCCAAUUGGUGGCAGGGUUAUCUGAUGCGGGGAGGGGCUGGGAGCCAGGACUCC